AUGUGGAACUACGCUACAGUCACUCAAACUGUCGUUUCUGUUCCUCCAACAGUCACUAUCCUUCAGCAAGACCCCAAUUCGAUUGCGAACACCAUGGCUCCCAUAGACUCAUUGCAAGUCAGCCAAGAGAGCGAGGAGCAACCUGUUUCCGGUCAACGAUACCCUACCUCUGUAACAUUCAUUCACACUAUCUCUGUCUCUGGCUACGAAGCCACUGAACUUGCCAACCCUGGUGCAUCCGUUUUCUACCUGUCACAGGCUCCUGCCGACACAAAUUCGCCCUGGGCAUCUAUCGCUGCGCUAACCACCACUGUCACUGUUCUACCUGCCAACGUAGCAGCUACCACUGGAAGUACCACUGGCACUACCACUGUCACUGUUCUACCUGUUCCAGUUGUCAACUCUGAUCAACAGGAAGUCCAGUCCAAUACCACUGCUGGUUGGAACACCGCUUCGACUGACUCUUCCUACGGACCGCCUGCCCCCCUCUCCUCCUCAACUGAAGUCCAGCCAACGCAGCCAGUGCCCAUAGCCACAGCCACAGUGACACAAUUUGCAACGGUCUACUCAACAGCCACGGCCCCCGCAAACGGAUAUGGAACGUCAGCAAAUGGUCACCACGCCUUCACAAAUAAUGAUAAAGCAGGUUCCCCCAAUGGUGACGACCUAGAGAAGAGACAAACGUGUGUGUGGAUUUCUGCAACAAUCGAUGGGCAAGAGGUUGGAUGGUGCAACAAUUGGGCCGGAGGGUCAACAUUGACUUUCACUUCAUGGGAAACAACCACAACUCCUACUUACAUCCCUGGCAUUGGCCCCAUCACCCAGUCAAGCACCUCCACGACAGAUUCUGCUGCAGGGUCCGUCACGAUCGAGACAUCCACCGACUUGGCCAGCUCCUCACAAGCGAGCGCAACACCAAGCGCAUGUGGCCAAACCGGUCCCUUCCAGAUUGGAUUUGACGACCUACCUGUCUACUCUACGACUGACAACAACACCGCAGACUUCCCACCUAUUUUCAAUCCCUAUGAGCAUUUCUUCUGGGGUGACGGAUGGGCCUACGUACCACCGCCAAACGAGCCUUUCCCUCCACAGUCAGGUAACCGCCUUGCUCAGUUUAUCCCAUCACUCAACAACACUGUCGACGGUUCAACAGACGCAGGUACCAUUCCACCCAGUUCUUUCGGAGCUGGGCCGCGCAACUAUGACGACAACUACUGGUUCAGCGCCAGCUCCGCCUAUGUUGGAUGUGACAACGGGUCCAGGAAUUUGAGCUCGAUCUGUGACUUUGUUGCCACAGCCUAUCAGUGGGACAAUGUCACGCAGUCGGAGGUGGUGGUUGCCACCCAGCACUUCCGCAUUCCCCCAUGCCCAGACUUCAUCAAGUGCCAACUUACGGAGAUUGAUUUCAACUAUCUCUUCUACAAGAUGUCAACGCUAAGCUUCUACGCCAAUGUUCAAGGUCAGCUCAGUCAGUUCUGGAUUGACAGCAUUGACCUGAAUUGGUACAACAACACUUGUGCUGCUGGACUGGCUCGUGAACAGUCGAGGAAGGUUUGA